GAAACGGUGAAGGCUAGUCCAUAUUCCUUUCACCAAGUUGAUCAAGCAUAUAACAACGAUGGAAUUUUUGACUACAAUCCUCCUUGGAAUCCGCUCCUAGCAUCGAAUUCAGAGCAUCAGUCUAAUCUCCUAAGUGCAUGCACCUUUAUCAGCGCUCCAAAUUUAGAAAAUGAUUUUGAUCACCAGUACUUUUCGCAUUUGGGAGGGCAAUUCACUGAGGACACCGCUAGUUCAAAGGAAUGCUCCAUAUCUUCUCCGGUAUUGAAAUACAGGUUAUCAACAAGGCCAGACUUAAUGUAAUCCCUUGCUGAUGAAGAACAGAUGACUACUAGUAAUGAUAAUAUGUUCUCAUCCGACUCUGAGAGCUGGCUAUCUGAAAUGGGAGACAAUUCCACGUCUGGGAGGUUAUCUUCAUCAAGUAGUAUUUCUCUUGGGUUGUUUACGUGUAGCCGUUGCAAUAAAAAAUUCCAUCUAGAACGAGAGUUGAGAAAACAUCGAAAAGCUCACUUGACCGACAAUCAAAAGCCGUAUCCAUGUCCAAUAUGCGGCAAAGCCUUUUUGUAUCCAAAGGAUCGAACUCGACAUAAAGCUUCUGUGCAUGAUGAUGCAAAAGAAAAAGAAAGGGCAUCAUCUUCAGCACGCUUCUGUCCAGUGAGCGAUUGUCCAAGACAGGAGCACGGCUUUUCAAGAUCGGCCGAUUUGGUGAGACAUUUACGAACGGUGCAUGCUAAACCUGAACAACAAGGUAUCGUUGCGUACAGGUGCACGUCAGAUAAUUGCCCAACACCUCAGAAGAGAUGGUAUCGUCUGGAUAAUCUACACCUGCAUAUACGACGGGUACAUGGCGAUGAAAAAGAACACGCUUUGAUUGAAAAGUCGAAAAGAAAUGCGUUGGAUAUGUAUACUCAGGAAUUUGAGUGCGAAAAUAUAUCGACAUUUAAUGCAAAGCAAUGGGAGCCCAGCAAAUAGACACAGCAUUGAAUAUGGUAAACCGGCACUUCCAUAAGUAUAAUGCCGAUUGGCAGUGAUUCGGCACAUAACGAACUUGACCACAUCCACAUGUAUAUCGUGUCUUUCUCGGAUUUCAUAAGGAACUAUAUUAUUAAUAUAGAAGCUGCCAUAUAAUCAACAUCAAUUGAUACUCAGUCUUCAAGGCCGAAUAAAAGAAAUACUUGUUGACUACCACUUCUAAGAAUUGAAUAGUAAAGAAAAGAAGUUUGCAAACUUUCGGGAU